UAGGAAUACUAACUUUUCUUUGUUUGUUUCCUCCCAAGGGUUAAUAAAAAAUGUCUGCUGCCGAGCCCAUCAUCAGGUCCAAACAAACCCAGAAAGAUGUCAAUGGGAUUUCCACAGAAGUGGUUUGCACGGAGUUCAGCAACUAUAUAUUCGUGGUCAUCACUCAGUACGGUAAGAUCGGAACACUGAUAUCUGUCACGCCCGAGUCCAGAUGCGACGAUUAUAGCACCCCGAUGUUCUCCACCAAAGUGCUUCUGGGAAAAGAUGAGCCUUUGACACACGUUUGUGGCAAAAACCUGGCAUCGUUUGUGUCGCAAGAGGCCGGCAACAAGCCCGUCUUGGUAGGAUUGGCGCUUAAGGAUUCUUCGGUGGACGCCAUUAAGCAAAUCAAAGAUGUGAUCAAAAGUUGUCAGGUGUGGUAGAAAUGUAAAUAGACAAGAGGGAUGAUUUUUUAUUUUAUUUUUUUUUCUGAAAAAAUAAUCCCUAAUACUGUACCAAGAUGUCAUGUGAAUUUUUAAUGCGCUGUAAAUAUUCAAGUAAACUCAUGUAAAGAAAUGUACAUUAAAACAUGGAUAAAAACUUUGAA